AUGAGCACCCUUGUUCAAGCAAACAUUCUCGUUAAUGAAAAUAUAGAACGGUUAAUGAAAGAAUGGACUUCACCUGUUUAUGCAUUCUUUGACCCAACACCGCGCAUCAUUGAGAAUGAUGGUUGCUGGGCCCAUGAGUUCAAAUGUAGUGCGCGAGGAUGCAAGACCACCAUCCGACGGUAUUUGGACAAAAAAGAUGCCCGGUCCACUGGAAAUAUGCGGAAGCAUGUCAAAUCAUGUUGGGGUGAUGUGGUACUGCAAGCUGCUGAUGAUGCAAAGGAUGCCAGCGAGGUCCACACAAAAAUCAUUCCGGGAAUCCUGCGAAACAGAUCAAUAACGGCGUCCUUUGAACGCAAGGGGAAGGGGAAGGUGACAUACUCCAACCGUCAACACACCCGUGCUGAGACCAAAGGACCAUCUGAGUAUAUCUCAUACCACCCACUUUCUAUCAUUCUACAUUCCUCACCUACACCAUUCGAGAUAGUCAAAGACCGAGGGUUUCAAUCAUUAAUGAAAACAGGCCGACCAGAAUACUACUUACCUUCCCCAACCACCAUCUCGUGUGAUGUACGGCUCGUUUUCGCAUGCACUCGACAACACAUUGCUAAAAUGUUGAGAGAAUAUGAGGGCAAGAUCAAUUUUACUAUGGACACUUGGACUUCCACCAACCAUAGAGCCUUUGUGGCAGUAUCGGUCCAUCUCGAGCACAAUGGAGUCCCACUGAGUCUGCCAUUAGACAUUGUUGAAGUGGCAAAGGUAUGUUGA